AUGCCUGACGUCAAACGCACGAUCAAGAUCCGCACCCACCAAGAAAUCCUCCCCGAUGUACCCCAAGAAGCAGAAGGCUACCCCAUGCGCGGCUGGACCAUCUCCAUCUUCCUCGUCGGCCCGGACGGCGAAGACAUGCCCGCCAACUGCUUCGAGCGCGCGACCUACCACCUCCACGAAUCCUUCGGCAAACGGCAAAGGCAGGUGCUCAAGAACCCGCCGUUCACGAUCAAGGAGAGGGGGUGGGGCGAGUUCGAUAUGAGUAUUGUGUUGUCGCCUGUUGGUCUGCCGAAGAAUGGCGAUCAGAGUGUGCAGCAUGAUUUGAACUUUCAGCAGGAGGAGUAUGAGAGUACGCAUAGUGUUACCUUCCGCAACCCCAAAGAGAACCUACUCGCCAUCCUCAAGGAGUCAGCACCAGCUGGCGAGAACACGAAUGGUAUCACGGCAGCCAGCAAACCGGAGAAGAAGGCGCGACAGAAGACAUCACGGAAUGUGGAUAUGGAGAAGUUGGCGGAUGCACUACCACAACUGCAAGAGGACGAUCUGUUGCAGAUUGUGCAGAUGAUUCACGAUAACAAGACUGAUGAUACGUACACUAAGAAUGAUGUUGAGAACGGCGAGUUCCACGUCGACCUCUACACCCUCCCCGACCCCCUCAUCAAAAUGCUCUGGGACUUUUGCGAUAAGAAAGUAGAUAUGAAUGCCUUGGCCUAG